CAUGUGGAUGAGUAAAUAAAAGUGGUGAGUGAGCGAGGCGUGGCAGCACCGAAUGAAAGAGCGUUCCAGUGUUGUUUGUCAUUUUUGGUUUCAUCCUCUGGAGGAGCCAAACAAUCUCAGGACUUGGAUAUUCAGUAAAAACCGGGGGAUAAUCCUUCAGGAUGGGCUCGGAGAGCAAUCAGGAGUAUCCCAGAGCCUCCAAUGCCAUCGUCUUCGGUGGGCUCAUCACUUACAUCGGGGGAGUUCUCCUGGUCAUAUCUUUCACAAGCCCCUACUGGAUUCAGUCUUAUCAGGAGACAUUCAGUAACUUCAAGCACAUGGGCUUGUGGGAAUACUGCUUCCACGAUUUUCGUUACCCCUACUACCAAUUUGACAAGAUGUUCAACGGGUGCCAUCACAUAUUCUCCCAAGAAUUUCAUGUGAUUCGGGAGUGGCUAUUGCCACCCUGGCUCAUGAUCGUUCAGACCUUCGUGACAAUAAGUCUGUUAUUGUCCUUCGCAGCCCAGGGAAUUCUUGCGUUGGUUAUUGUCAGGUGGCCACUGAGAUGUAUUUUGAAGAAUGAGUGGCUACUUUCAGCAAUCGCUUUUAUUUGCGACGCUGUUACAGCUUUUCUGCUGUUCCUGGCUGUCGCAAUAUUCGGUGGUCAGUGCUGGCGCCGGGACUGGCUGAUGUACCCGACCUGGAACUAUCUCUCCUGGUCAUAUGCAUUUGCAGUGAUAGCCUCGAUGUUUCAUGGUAUCGCUGCAUUUUUCCUGUACCUGGAUGCACGCGCUGGCUACAAAAAUCGGGCGCAAUCGAGAAAUCUCGUGGUACAAAUGCAGCCCACGUCCCAUAGCCGCCAGAGCUUUGCCAGUAGCCGUCAAGGAUACAUAUAAGUCACAUUUCCAUACGAUAAUGCGAUUAUUGUACAAUUUUAUUAUCAAACUCCGUCCAAAUCUCAUUUUCCAAGUAUUUUAUACUAGAACGAUUUCCUGAGGUUUUUUGACCGAUUGAAUCGAUGGAGAUUGCACUCGAUUUAGAUUUAAUAUCGAAGCAUCAGUUUUAUAUUUCUGUAGUUGCAUUUUUUUUUAUUUAAUUAAGUUGCAUGCGGACGUCAUGUGAAUGUUUCGCUGAUUAAAAAAAUUGAGAAGGAAAUUUUCUAUUAUUUUUUAUCUGAAUAAAUGAUUAUUUUCUGUUAUUAAAUUUGCUCUCGUCAUUUUCAAUUUUUAAUGUUAAUCAGGACAGCGAUUGCUGGGAAAAAAAAAUUCCGAGAAAGUUAUAACGAUUCCAUUGAUAUCGACCAGAGUUCCCUGGCCUCUCCACUACCGAAUGAAUUAAUGAGUGACGGACUGACAACGGUAUUUCCAAAACUGCGACGAACAGUGACAUGAAAAUACUCCCACGAAUGUCAUAACAUAAAUUAUGGAGAUUUAAAAUGGUGGAUUCCACUCGCCUAAAAAUAAGUUUAUCCACUCAACUCCCCAUUUAUCUCCAUAAUUUUCAGAGAAAUGAAUACAUGAACGAAAAAAACUGAUGCUUCUGCCUUGACGCUUAGUGAUGCAAGCCAAUCCAUCCACUAUUUUUAUAACUAAUCUUAUAAACCUCUAUAUCUGUACACUAAGUAACGCACACGAAUAUAUCCCUCCAUAAGCUGA